AUGCUUACAAGGACAUUUUCAAGCCUGUUAUUGGUACCACGCUCACUUUACAGCGGGAACCAGAAAAUGCAAAAGAUCCGCAUGCUGUUGCUAUUGUAGAAGAUACUGGACGCAUUGUUGGCCAUAUCCCAUUAGCUUUAUCGAGAAUUGCGUCGUAUAUUUUAAAAAGGGCUAACCAGAAGGCAACAGCAGAAAUCUGUGGAAAACGGAUCAAUCGAGGAUCUGGCUUGGGAUUGGAACUUCCAGUUAUUUAUAAGAUUUACGGCGGAAGGAAAUGUUUGGACAGACUGGACGAACUUAUUCAUGGUAGCGAGACUGCAAAGAGGACCUUAAGAGAAAAAGAUGAAGGAAUUUUGAUUGAUGGACAGAAGAAGCGGAAAUCGACCAAAAAAGACAGUCUCAAAAAGCAGAAAAAAUAGACUUGAUAGGUAAAUGUAAGUGGAGGGUGGUAGUGGUGGUGGUGAGAGGGGGAGGCGGGGCUCGUCAAAAUUUACGAGUGAUCAGGGGGCGGGCAGAGUUAAGCUUGCCUUUGUUGACAAGGGGGCGCUACGCAAUACCACUGUAGGUAAGUCUCAUUUUUAAACAGGAUGGUUAUUACACAGUCCUUAAUAACAUUUGACUUAUUAGGAAUUUCUAAUUGCAGCAUACACAUUUCCAGGGUGUAGGAGUUGAGUUUCAAUAGAUGAUGAGUUUCACAAAUUCAUAUAGAAACAGUGCAUUAUUAUUAAUUUAUUUUAUUAAUCUAUUUUUCAAUAUUGUUGUUAUAAAGCGUCAUUAAACAGCAAUGGAAAUGGCCAUAUAAAAGUAUUAUUAUUAUUAUGAUUAUUAUUAUUAUUAUUAUUAUUCAAUAUAUUGUUAUUACGUUUAUUAUUAUUGUUAUUAUUAUUAUUAAAACCUCUCUUGAUAAGGCCACUUUAAUUACAUCAAAAUACUCAAAAAAUGCAAAAGAACGGUUGCAAUGGUAACGUCAAUAUUGACGUAAACGCUAGGAAAUGGGGGCCUCAAAAGGACCUCCCUGGUCUGUUAAAUUAUCUGUUAUUUGUAGUCUGGUUAAUCUAAAAUGGGUUAAGUAUCUGCAUAGGGUCUUCAACAUCGUCUUAUUUCCUGAGAUUUUGUAUGAGACUGAAUGGUGAUUUCAAAUAAGAACUCGUUAGAAUUAGCCGUCUUUCUAAUUGUAGCUGGACAUCUCCAGAGUUUAAGGGUCCAAAUAUUAGUAGAGGAAAUCAGUUUUGCCAAUUCACAUAAAACCUGUUGCGCUACAUUGAUUGAACUUCAAUCUUAGAUGGAACCGAGUUUUGUACAAAGCCAGCCAGUUCUUUACAGAGAAAUGUGAAUCGCGUUUUCUCGUAAACGAAGUUAACACCUUUUCGUCUCUAAGUAUUGGUCAUAAAUUCAGAGUCACUAACAAUCACCUGACAAUAAGAAUAAACUAAGUUAAAUAAGAUUGAGAUUGUGUUAAUCGUGAAUACGAGACGACAGCGAGGCAACUUGCAUAGAUAGUGUUGUCCAAAAGCCUGGUAAUUAUAAAAUUUCCGGGACGCUGUAAUACUAAUCCUCGACUAACCCAAAAUAAGAAGAUAUAGAGAUACAACAAUAGCAUGAAAGGUACAAUAAAAUAUAACUACAAAUAAAAUUAAUUUAAACAUUACUUACCAGUUUCUUUUACCAAGGAGCUUUCAAAUGGAUCAGGAUGAAGUUUCGCAUCAAGAAGAGUCAAGUCAAGCGGACGAAAAGGUUGAUAUUCCAGCUCAAGAAGUCUUUCCUCGAUGGGACCUAAAUUUCAACGGAAAACAUUUUGUUAAACGGAUGUGUAUAUCCAAUAAUAUGGUAUACCAUACAAACUACUCUAAUCCCAAACCUCUCACAUUUCCAAAAACCUAAUGACCGAGACGUCAGCGCGCUCUGGGUAUGAGUUUAGACACUUGUUGACACCCCUUAAAAAGGGCUUUACAGUAAAAGGCCAUUUAUGACAAAACGGUUAAUAUACACACAUGAAAAAAAAAUAUAUUAGUAGAAUAAGACCACUAUUUUAAGGGUCGAAGCAAGAAUAUACAGUCAAUUCCCGUUAUAGCGGACACCCUCGGGGCCGCGAUUUGGUGUCCGUAAUAGCGGGGUGCGAGAAAAUUUUUAUUUUAAACCAUAUUAACAGAAGGGGGUCACAUGUGUCUUCAUUUUCAUUAACUCCAGUACCUUUUUCAGACCCGUUGUCGCAAGUAAAGAUCGUCAGAACUUUAUUUACAAACAGAACAGAACUUAACAGAACAGGAGUUACGUACCGUUUGUGUACAGUAGUUCUUCUAAGUACGUAAAAGAAAAUCAUCGUAUCUUGCAGCAAUGUCCACACAUGCAUCGUUUUGGUUUCCUACUGUACUGAAGUACAGUAAUCUACAUUUCUAAAAAAAUUAUUUUCAAGGAAAAACCUGAACAUCAGCUAUUGAUUGCAUCAGCUAUCACAAUGCCUUAAAAUAUCGUUCCAAUGGGCUCUGUGCACUUCUCCUUU